AUGUUAACUACUGAACACUCAACUAGAGAGCAAGCGACUACUGAUUACUUAACUACAAGUGCUUCUACUGCACCUGUCCAAAACACUCCUUCAUCGUCUGUACCAGCUACAUUCAAUACCACAGACCAAGUUUCAACUGAUGAGUUAGCUACUGAACACCUAACCUCUGACCCAUUGACUACUGUACCUUUUCAAAAACCAACUACAUUCAAUACCACAGUGCAUGUUUCUACUGGACAGCUAUCUACCAGACUCCUAACAUCUGACCCAGUGAUUACUGUACCUGUUCAAAACAGGACCACAACGCCUAUACCAACUACAUUCAUUUCCACAGAACAUGCUUCAACUGAACUGUUAACUACUGGACACCUAACUUCUUACCCAGCGACUACUGUAACUGUUCAAAAACCAACUUCAUUCAAUACAACAGAACAUGCUUCACCUGAACGGUUAACUACUGAACACCUAACUACAGAACAUAAAACUACUGUACCUGUUCAAAGCAUUAUCUCAACGUCUGCACCAACUACCACAGAACAUGCUUCAACUAAAAUGUUAACUACUGAAAACCUAACUACAGAAAAAGCAACUACUGUCCCUGUCCAAAACAUUCCCUCAACGUCUGUACCAACUACAUUCAUUUCCACAGAACAUGCUUCACCUGAACAGUUAACUACUGGACACCUAAACUCUGAUCAAGCAAUUACUGCACAGGUUCAAAACACUCCCUCAACACCAGUACCAACUACAUUCAAUACCACAGAACAAUCAACUGAACAGUUAACUACUGAACACCUAACGUCUGACCCAGCGGCUACUGUAACUGUUAAAAAGCCAACUACAUUCAUUUCCACAGAACAUGCUUCACCUGAAAAGUUAACUACCGCACACCUAACUACAGAACAUGAAACUACUGUACCUGUUCAAAGCAUUAUCUCAACAUCUGCACCAACUACCACAGAACAUGCUUCAACUGAAAUGUUAACUACUGAACACUCAACUACAGAGCAAGUGACUACUGAUUACUUAACUACAAGUGCUUCUACUGCACCUGUCCAAAACAUUCCUUCAUCGUCUGUACCAGCUACAUUCAAUACCACAGACCAAGUUUCAACUGAGCAGUUAACUACUGGACACCUAAACUCUGACCAAGCAAUUACUGCACAGGUUCAAAACACUCCCUCAAUACCAGUACCAACUACAUUCAAUACCACAGUGCAUGUUUCUACUGGACAGCUAUCUACCAGACUCCUAACAUAUCACCCAGUUAUUACUGUACCUGUUCAAAACAGGACCUCAACGCCUAUACCAACUACAUUUAUUUCCACAGAACAUGUUUCAACUGAACUGUUAACUACUGAACACCUAACUACAGAAAGUGGAACUACGGUACCGGUUCAAAGCAUUAUCUCAACGUCUGCAACAACUACCACAGAACAUGCUUCAACUGAACAGUUAAUUGCUGAAAACCUAACUACAGAUCAAAUGACUACUGGUUACUUACCUAAAAGUGCUUCUACUGCACCUGUACAAAACAUUCCCUCAUCGUCUGUACCAGCUACAUUCACUACCACAAAGCAAGUUUCAACUGAAAAGUUAACUACUGGACACCUAAUAACAGAAAGUGAAACUACGGUACCGGUUCAAAGCAUUAUCUCAAUGUUUGCAUCAACUACCAUGGAACAUGCUUCAACUGAACAGUUAACUACAGAAUACUUAACUACAGAACAUGCAACUACUGUCCCUGUUCAAAACAUUCCCUCAACAUCUGUACCAACUUCAUUCAAUACCACAGACCAAGUUACAACUGAGCAGUUAACUACUGAACGCCUAACGUCUGACCAAGCGAAUACUGUACCUGUUCAAAGCAAUAUCUCAACAUCUGCACCAACUACCACAGAACAUGCUUCAACUGAAAUGUUAACUACUGAACACUCAACUAGAGAGCAAGCGACUACUGAUUACUUAACUACAAGUGCUUCUACUGCACCUGUCCAAAACACUCCUUCAUCGUCUGUACCAGCUACAUUCAAUACCACAGACCAAGUUUCAACUGAACAAUUAACUACUGGACACCUAAACUCUGAUCAAGCAAUUACUGCACAGGUACAAAACACUCCCUCAACACCAGUACCAACUACAUUCACUAAUACAGAGCAAGUUUCAACUGAUGAGUUAACUACUGAACUCCUAACAUCUGAUCCAGUGAUUACUGUACCUGUUCAAAACAGGACCUCAACGCUUAUACCAACUACAUUCAUUUCCACAGAACAUGCUUCAACUGAACUGUUAACUACUGAACACCUAAUUACAGAAAGUUUAACUACUGUACCUGUUCAAAUCAUUAUCUCAACAUCUGCACCAACUACCACAGAACAUGCUUCAACUGAAAUGUUAACUACUGAACACUCAACUAGAGAGCAAGUGACUACUGAUUACUUAACUACAAGUGCUUCUUCUGCACCUGUCCAAAACACUCCUUCAUCGUCUGUACCAGCUACAUUCAAUACCACAGACCAAGUUUCAACUCAACAGUUAACUACUGAACACAUAACUUCUGACCCUGCAACUACUGUACCUGUUCAAAAACGAUCUACAUUCAAUAGCGCAGUGCGUGUUUCUACUGAAGAGGCAACUACUAAACACCUAACUAAAGAUCCAGCGACUGCUGGUUACUUACCUACACAUGCAACUACUGAGAAUGUAACUCAUCAAUCAACAACUGGGACUGCGGACACAGAAAUGCAACACAGCAUUACACGAGCGACUACUGACCAUACUUCUGCCCUAGAUAUAACCACGGUGGUUGAGACUGCUUCGUACAGUACUGCAGAGCCUGUCAGUGUCUCCACUGUUACGCCAACUGAAAACAGUCAAGGUUUAAGUCCAGGUAAGUUUAAUCAUUAUAUCAUAACUAUUGACAUGUUGUAAGCCUAACCGUCUCUUUUUUUGUUUGGCUGUGGUUUUAUGUUGUUUCAAAGAUGUUAUGUUACAGAGCAGAGGUAUAAAUGCAUACAAAUCUACAUUUUGUUGAAUGGGCUCCAUGUUAUCUAUCUUUGUCUUUCUUUUGCUCAGACAACCUGGUAUUGAUCCGUGAGAACAUGACGUGGAACGACGCCCUGAGCUACUGCAGAGAGCACCACGUUGACCUGGUCUCAAUCACUACAGAGUUGCUUCAGUACAGGGUGGCCAAGAGGGCUACCAAUGCCACUUCAUCCCACGUCUGGGUGGGCCUGCGCUUCACCUGUUCAUUCCACUUCUGGUUCUGGAUCAGGUCUGAUGCAGGCUGCUACCAGAACUGGGCCCCCGGGCACGGCUCAGACAGCCAGCAGGACUGUGGGAUUGCAGGGGCUGUAGAGACCACCGGGAGGCAGCAGUGGGUUAGUCUGGAGGAGAACCAGAGGCUCAACUUCAUCUGCUACAAAUGUUCUGGGGACAGUGGUGAGGGGUUGAUACAUCCCUGAUUCUGACAACUUUAAGUAUGUAAGAAAUGCUAACACGUCAUGGCAGCCUAAGAUUCAUCUCCGGCAGCCUGUAUAUACCAUGAGAACUCUAUCAGAAGGAUCCAUCUCCAGCAGCCUGUAUAUACCACGAGAACUCUAUCAGAAGGAUCCAUCUCCAGCAGCCUGUAUAUACCAUGAGAACUCUAUCAGAUGAUGCUGAUUUUACCAACUCUAUUUAUGUUUCAACUGAAUCUUGUUUUUCUUCAGGUGAUUUGAUUGUAUGUUUGUCCAUUAUGCUGAUUGUAUUGCAUCUCAGUUGUGGUAGUCUCGUCAAGAACCAGGCUUCCCGUGACAACGACGUGAUUUUGGAGCUAUGACUACAGUUGUCGUAGCACACUACAAUAGUUUAAAAAAGUGACAGUGUGUUACUGUUGAGUUCUAGUGUGUUACUGUUGAGUUCUAGUGUGUUACUGUUGAGUUCAAGUGUGUUACUAUUGAGUUCUAGUGUGUUACUGUUGAGUUCUAGUGCGUUACUGUUGAGUUCUAGUGUGUUACUGUUGAGUUCUUGGGUGCUGUUGCACUGUCUGCCACAAAUGUUACAUUGACACAUCAGUAGAUUGUAUAUUAAACAACUGUUACAUUGACACAGAAGUAGAUUGUAUAUUAAACAACUGUUACAUUGACAUAGCAUUAGAUUGUAUAUUAAACAACUGUUACAUUGACACAGAAGUAGAUUGUAUAUUAAACAACUGUUACAUUGACAUAGCAGUAGAUUGUAUAUUAAACAACUGUUACAUUGACACAGAAGUAGAUUGUAUAUUAAACAACUGUUACAUUGACAUAGCAGUAGAUUGUAUAUUAAACAACUGUUACAUUGACACAGCAGUAGAUUGUAUGAUUGAACGGCUUUAUGGAUUAAAUCCGUAUCACCGAACUUCAGCACUACAGCGCUAUUGAAAUUUAAAGUUAAUUUCCGAUCAGCGUUUACCGUGAAUGUGGUCUCCGCUAAUACGGGAACAUUGCCUUAAAAUUUAAAUCAAGCUAUAACUCUGAACUUCCACUAUAUGGAUCAAAUCGAGCCCUUAAUUUGACAACCUUCAGUAACAUUUUAUUUGGAUAGUCCAUCUCCAGAUGCUCUACAGAUUAGUAACAUUUCAAAUCAAAUCAAAUCAAAUUGUAUUUGUCACAUGCACCAAAUACAACCUUACAGUGAAAUGCUUACUUACAAGGCCUUAACCAACAAUGCAGUUCAAGAAAUAGAUUUAAGAAAAUAUUUACUAAAUAAACUAAAGUUAAAAAAAAAGACUAUGCAUAGAUAAUAAACAGCGAGAGGGGGUCAAUGUAAAUAGUCCGGGUGGCCAUUUGAUAAAUUGUUCAGCAGUCUUAUGGCUUGGGGGUAGAAGCUGUUAAGGAGCCUUUUGGACCUAGACUUGGCGCUCUGGUUCCGCUUGCCGUGCGGUAGCAGAGAGAACAGUCUAUGAUUUGGGUGACUGGAGUCUUUGACAAUUUUUUGGGCCUUCCUCUGACAAUGCCUCUGUAGCGCCUUACGGUCGGAUGCAGAGCAGUUGCCAUACCAGGCGGUGAUGCAACCGGUCAGGAUGCUCUCGAUGGUGCAGCUGUCUAACUUUUUGAGGAUUUGGGGACCCAUGCCAAAUCUUUUCAGUCUCCUGAGGGGGAAAAGGUGUUGUCGUGCCCUCUUCACGACUGUCUUGGUGUGUUUAGACCAUGAUAGUUUGUUGGUGAUGUGGACAUCAAGGAACUUGAAACUCUCGACCCGCUCCACUACAGCCCCGUCGAUGUGAAUGGGGGCGUGUUCGUCCCUCCUUUUCCUGUAGUCCACGAUCAGCUCCUUUGUCUUGCUCACGUUGAGGGAGAGGUUGUUGUCCUGGCACCACACUGCCAGGUCUCUGACCUCCUCCCUAUAGGCUGUCUAAUCGUUGUCGGUGAUCAGACCUACCACUGUUGUGUAGACAGCAAACUUAAUGAUGAUGUUGGAGUCGUGCUUGGCCACGCAGUCGUAGGUGAACAGGGAGUACAGGAGGGGACUAAGCAUGCAUCCCUGCCCCAACUAACUAUCUACUAACCCUAGCUCCAACCCUUACCUUAACCCUUAUCCUAAUCCUAAACGUUACCCUUACCCUAACCCUAGCCCUUACCCUAACCCUUAUUCUAAACCUAACCCUAACUCUAACGCAGACCCUUUACAUAACAACAGUCUGAUAACCCCCACAAAGUUUUCUCUCAGUAUCAGGAACACCCACAACACUAAUACUAUGAAUAAUAAUACUUUAUAUAUUUCAGAUUCUGUAUUGACUUGACUAUUAGAAAACAGCUUCCUGGAACAUCCAGAUACACAUGUUUAAUCACUGCAGCUAGCGACUGCAAAAAACUGCAAAAAAACUCCAUCACGUCAUUCAAAGACUCAAUCAUGGACACUCUUACUGACAGUUGUGGCUGCUUCGCGUGAUGUAUUGUUAUCUCUACCUUCUUGCCUUUGUGCUGUUGUCUGUGCCAAAUAAUGUUUGUACCAUGUAUUUUUAAUCCCAGCCCCCGUGUCACGGAUUCUGCCGAGACUGCUCCUCCUCCUGGUUCGGGCAGGCUUCGGCGUUCGCCGUCCCCGGAGUACUAGCUUCCACCGCUCCAUGUUUCUUGGUGUGAUUGCUUUCGUCUGUCUUCAACACCUGUGUCCAUUUGUGUGCUGAUUACUUGUCCUAUAAGUUCCUUGUUUUGCUUAGGUUAGAUUGUGUGUUGUUUUUCGCCUGUCCAUUGUGCUGCGUGUUUUGUACCUGUUUUCUUGUUUAUUUGUUUUACGCACAGUUUGCGUAUUUGCUCGCCUCUGUUUAUUUGUUGAGGCCGUUCUCUGUAUUUUUGCCUAUUGGUAAACUUCAGUAAACUUUGUUGGACUAGCUUCGGUGUCCUGCGCCUGACUUCCACACACCUUACACCUCAGCCCUUGACAGAACAACACACCAUCAUGGAGUCAGCAGGAGCAGUGGCGGCACCCAAGUCGCUGGAGGAUCGGAUCAGCGAUCAAGACACCAUGAUCCGGCAACUUGGGGCCGCCAUGCACUCUGCGCCGGUUGGUGACUGGAGAGGUGCCCACGCCUUCUCACACCAUCCCAUCACCAACGGCCAGUCCUCCUCUCUCAGCACCGGAACCCAGUGGCAUACGGCUCUCGCUCCCGAGGGCAUAUGACGGUUCUGCAGCCGGGUGUCAAGGGUUCCUCCUGCAGGUGGAACUCUACCUGGCUACCAUACACCCAGCGCCCUCGGGGUACGAGAGCGUCUCCGCCCUCAUCUCCUGUCUAUCCGGCAAGGCGUUGGAGUGGGCCAACGCCGAAUGGAGGGGAAUAGACGCCGCUACCAUCACCUACGCGGAGUUCUCCCGCCGCUUCAGGGCUGUCUUCGAUCACCCACCUGAGGGGAAGGCGGCGGGGGAGCGUCUGUUCCACCUCCGACAGGGGAAGAGGAGCGCACAGGAGUUCGCCCUGGAGUUCCGGACUCUAGCGGCGGAUGCGGGGUGGAAUGAGAGGGCCCUCAUCGACCAUUACCGGUGUAGCCUACGAGAGGACGUUCGUCGUGAGCUGGCCUGCAGGGACACCAACCUAACCUUCGACCAGUUGGUAGACAUCUCCAUCCGUCUCGACACCCUGCUGGCUACCCGCGGACGUCCCGAGUGGGGGUCGUCCAUUCCACCCUCCAGCACCUCCGAGCCGAUUCCCAUGGAGCUCGGGGGUGCUGGCGCUAGAGAGAGGAGGAGAGAGAACCCGAGGGGGGCCAUCCCCUGCACCAACUGUGGCCGUGGAGGACACACCGCGGCCAGGUGCUGGGGAGGGUCUCCUGGGAGAGGGGAGGACACAGGUCACGCACUGGGGAGUCAUUUCAGGUGAGUAGGCGCCCCACUUACCCAGAGCUCUCUGUUGGUCACAUGAGUAUACCUGUGAGAUUUCCACAGGUGGCACCUCAUUCCCAGCAUAAGGCGCUAGUAGAUUCAGGCGCAGCUGGGAAUUUUGUUGAUCGUGCAUUUUGUUAUAAGUUAGGAAUUCCCCUUCGGCCGGUAGAAGCCCCCUUUCCUGUUCACGCCCUAGACAGCCGGCCGUUGGGGUCGGGGCUGAUCAGAGAAGUCACAGCACCACUUAAGAUGAUGACGCAGGGGGGUCAUGAGGAGACCAUUCAGUUUUAUCUGAUUGACUCUCCUGCGUAUCCCGUGGUGCUGGGGCUUCCCUGGUUAAGCACCCAUGAUCCUACCAUUGCGUGGCAACAGAGGGCUCUUAUGGAGUGGUCUGCCCAGUGUGUAGGGAGAUGUCUAGGUGUUUCCUUAGGGGCGACCUCGGUAGAGAGUCCGAACCAAGUGCCCGCAAUGCGCAUUCCCCCCGAGUAUGAGGAUUUAGCACUUGUGUUCAGUAAAACGAGGGCUACACGGCUACCACCUCAUAGACAGGGGGAUUGUGCGAUAGAUCUCCAGACAGGAGCGGCACUUCCGCGGAGCCGUGUGUAUCCACUGUCUCAAGAGGAGACAGCGGCUAUGGAAACUUACAUAGCCAAGUCCUUGGCACAGGGAUACAUACGGUCCUCCACUUCCCCGGUUUCCUCGAGUUUCUUCUUUGUGAAGAAGAAGGACGGGGGUUUGCGCCCGUGUAUUGACUAUCGUAGUCUCAAUCAGAUCACGGUUAAGUACAGUUACCCUCUUCCACUGAUUGCGACUAUGACAGAAUCAUUACGCGGAGCGCAGUUCUUCACAAAGUUGGAUCUCAGGAGCGCGUACAAUCUGGUACGCAUUAGGGAGGGGGAUGAAUGGAAGACCGCAUUUAGCACCACCUCGGGUCAUUACGAAUAUCUCGUCAUGCCAUACGGGUUAAUGAAUGCUCCUUCAGUCUUCCAAUCCUUUGUUGACGAGAUUUUCCGGGACAUGCAUGGGCAGGGUGUGGUAGUAUACAUCGACGACAUCCUAGUGUACUCUUCCACACGAGCCGAGCAUGUAGCCCUGGUGCGCAGAGUGUUGAGAAGACUGUUGGAGCAUGACUUGUAUGUCAAGGCAGAGAAAUGCCUGUUCUUCCAGGAGUCCGUCUCCUUUUUGGGUUAUCGGUUGUCCGCGUCUGGUGUGGAGAUAGAGGUAGACCGUGUGUCGGCCGUGCGUAAUUGGCAAACUCCAACCACGGUCAAAGAGGUGCAGCAGUUCUUGGGUUUUGCUAAUUACUACCGGAGGUUUAUCCGGGGCUUUGGACAGGUUGCAGCUCCCAUUACGUCCUUGCUAAAGGGGGGUCCGGUUCGGUUGCAGUGGUCAGCUGAGGCGGACAGGGCAUUUGCCAAGCUGAAGAACCUGUUCACCUCGGCCCCGGUGCUGGCGCAUCCGGAUCCCUCUUUACCAUUCCAAGUAGAGGUAGACGCGUCCGAGGCCGGCAUAGGGGCAGUCCUGUCACAACAGUCCGGCACGCCACCUAAGCUCCGCCCCUGUGCGUUCUACUCCAAGAAGCUCAGCUCGGCGGAGCGAAAUUAUGACGUUGGGGACAGGGAGCUGUUAGCUGUAGUCCAGGCCCUAAAGGUGUGGAGGCAUUGGCUUGAGGGGGCUCAACACCCUUUCCUCAUUCUGACUGAUCACCGUAACCUGGAGUACAUCAGGGCAGCUAGGAGAUUGAACCCUCGUCAGGCUAGGUGGAACAUGUUCCUGACCCGGUUUGUUUUUAAGAUCACAUACAUCCCAGGGUCCCAGAACGGUAAGGCAGACGCCCUGUCCCGGCGGUAUGACACAGAGGAGAGGUCCAUUGAGCCUACUUCCAUACUGCCGGAGUCUUGUUUGGUGGCUCCGGUGGUGUGGGAGGUCGAUGCGGAAAUCGAGCGGGCACUGCGUACCGACCCUACUCCCCCCGAGUGUCCUGUGGGACGGACAUACGUCCCGCUCGAGGUUCGUGAUCGUCUGAUUUAUUGGGCUCAUACAUCACCCUCCUCUGGACAUCCAGGUAUUGGCCGGACAGUGCACUGCCUUAGCGUGAAAUAUUGGUGGCCAACGUUAGCUAGGGAUGUGAGGGUUUAUGUCUCCUCCUGCUCGGUGUGCGCCCAGUGUAAGGCGCCUAGACAUUUACCCAGGGGUAAGUUACAUCCCCUGCCCGUUCCACAACGACCAUGGUCCCACCUAUCGGUGGAUUUUGUGACCGACCUACCCCCCUCCCAGGGGAAUACCACCAUUUCGUUGUGGAUCGGUUUUCCAAGGCCUGUCGUCUCCUCCCAAUGCCGGGUCUCCCUACUGCCCUACAGACCGCUGAGGCCCUAUUUACCCAUGUGUUCCGGCACUAUGGGGUCCCCGAGGAUAUUGUGUCUGACCGAGGUCCCCAGUUCACCUCCAGAGUUUGGGGGGCGUUCAUGGAACGCUUGGGGGUCUCGGUAAGCCUUACCUCGGGGUACCACCCAGAGAGCAAUGGGCAGGUUGAACGUGUCAACCAGGAUGUGGGUAGGUUUCUGAGGUCCUAUUGCCGGGACCGGCCGGAGGAGUGGUCUAGGUUCAUCCCCUGGGCAGAGAUGGCCCAGAACUCUCUCCGCCACUCCUCUACCAAUUUAACACCUUUCCAGUGUGUUUUAGGUUAUCAGCCGGUCCUGGCACCAUGGCACGAGAGCCAGAUCGAGGCCCCUGCGGUGGACGAGUGGAUUCGGCGCUCGGAGGAGACGUGGGACGCUGCCCAUGUCCAUCUGCAGCGUGCCAUCCGUCAACAAAAGGCGAGCGCCGAUCGCCACCGCAGUGAGGGACCGGUGUACGUACCAGGAGAUCGAGUCUGGCUCUCGACUCGAAACCUGCCCCUCCGCCUGCCCUGCCGGAAGCUGGGUCGGCGGUUUGUGGGGCCCUUUAAAGUCCUGAGAAGGUUGAACGAGGUGUGUUACAGGUUACAAUUGCCUAUUGAGUACAAUAAUAUUAACCCCUCGUUCCAUGUGUCUCUUCUCAGGCCGGUGGUAGCUGGCCCACUCCAAGAAGAUGAGAUAGGAGAGACCCCUCCGCCCCCUUUGGACAUCGAGGGGGCCCCGGCGUACAGGGUCCGGACCAUCUUGGACUCGAGGCGCCGGAUGAGUGGUCUCCAGUAUCUCGUGGAGUGGGAGGGGUACGGUCCGGAGGAACGGUGCUGGGUGCCUAGGAGGGACAUCCUAGAUCCGUCCCUCCUGACUGAGUUCCACCGUGGGCAUCCCACGCGCCCGGGUCCGCGUCCUCCUGGCCGUCCCCGAGGCCGGGGUCGGCGCACGGCUGGAGCCGCGCGUCAAGGGGGGGGUACUGUCACGGAUUCUGCCGAGACUGCUCCUCCUCCUGGUUCGGGCAGGCUUCGGCGUUCGCCGUCCCCGGAGUACUAGCUGCCACCGCUCCACGCUCUUGGUGUGAUUGCUUUCGUCUGUCUUUUACACCUGUGUCCGUUUGUGUGCUGAUUACUUGUCCUAUAAGUUCCUUGUUUUGCUUAGGUUAGAUUGUGUGUUGUUUUUCGCCUGUCCAUUGUGCUGCGUGUUUUGUACCUGUUUUCUUGUUUAUUUGUUUUACGCACAGUUUGCGUAUUUGCUCGCCUCUGUUUAUUUGUUGAGGCCGUUCUCUGUAUUUUUGCCUAUUGGUAAACUUCAGUAAACUUUGUUGGACUAGCUUCGGUGUCCUGCGCCUGACUUCCACACACCUUACACCUCAGCCCUUGACACCCCGUCCCCGCAGGAGGCCUUUUGCCUUUUGGUAGGCCGUCAUUGUAAAUAAGAAUUUCUUCUUAACUGACUUGCCUAGUUAAAUAAAAAAUUAAAAAAUUAAAAAAUACAAUUCUUGACAGUGUCAUUGAGUGUAUUUUCUUAGUCCAAGUAAAGUGACACAGUAUAUAUGGUCAUAAUGCUUCUUGACAAUGUCAUAAAGUGUAUUUUCUUAGUCCAAGUAAAGUGACACAGGAUGGUCAUAAUGCUUCAUGACAGUGUCAUAAAGUGUAUUUUCUUAGUCCAAGUAAAGUGACACAGGAUGGUCAUAAUGUCCUAAAGUGUAUUUUCUUAGUCCAAGUAAAGUUCUUUAAAGAUGCACUGUGCAGAAAUCGCUCCUCCAUUUCCUGGUUACAAAAAUGUGAAUAGUGUGAAUAAUUUCAGUUUAUGUGACAAAACAAGCCAGUAUAGUGUAGAGAAUCAUUGUACCAUCUAAAUCACUGUGAAAUAUAUUUUUCAUUACCCAAAAUAUUGUAUUUUCAGCUGUUUGAAGCUGGUGUACAAAACCGAAAGUAAAAGACGCAAAAACUAAACUUAAGACAGGAACGCAUAGAAAUAGCACACAUAGAACUGCUCUACCGCUUCUUAGACUUGCUUUCAAUGAGAAAGACAGAUCUAUAACACACAUUUCUAAAUGAAAGAAAACGUAUUGGCAGGGGAAAAAACACAUUUUAAUAAAUGUGGGAUUUGACACUCUUACUGUAUGUCCGUGUCAUAACCAGCCAUAAAAUAACACAAUAUACACUACAUGACCAAAUGUAUGUGGACACCUGCUCAUCGAACAUCUCAUUCCAAAAGUUGGUCCCCCGUUUGCUGCUAUAACAGCCUCCACUCUUCUGGGAAGGCUUUCCACUAGAUGUUGGAACAUUGCUGCGGGGACUUGCUUCCAUUCAGCCACAAGAGCAUUAGUGAGGUCGUACACUGAUGUUGGGCGAUUAGGCCUGGCUCGCAGUCGGAGUUCCAAUUCAUCCCAAAGGUGUUCGAUGGGGUUGAGGUCAGGGCUCUAUGCAGGCCAGUCAAGUUCUUCCACACCGAUCUCUACAAACCUAUUCUAUAUGGACCUCGCUUUGUGAACGGGGACAUUGUCAUGCCACAAAGUUGGAAGCACAGAAGAUUUCCCUUCACUGGAACUAAAUGGCCUAGCCCGAACCAUGAAAAACAGACCAUUAUUCCUCCUCCACCAAACUUUACAGUUGGCACUAUGUAUUCGGGCAGCUAGCGUUCUCCUGGCAUCCGCCAAACCCAGAUUUGUUCGUCGGACUGCCAGAUGGUGAAGCGUGAUUCAUCACUCCAGAGAACACAUUUCCACUGCUCCAGUCCAAUGGCGGUGAGCUUUACACCACUCCAGCCGACGCUUGGCAUUGCGCGUGGUGAUGUUAGGCUUGUGUGCGGCUGCUCGGCCAUGGAAACCCAUUUCAUGAAGCUCCCGAUGAACAGUUAUUGUGCUGACAUUGCUUCCAGAGGCAGUUUGGAACUUGGUAGUGAGUGUUGCAACCGAGGAAGGACGAUUUUUACUUCCCGAGUGGCGCAGUGGUCUAAGGCACUGCAUCGCAGUGCUAGCUGUGCCACUAGAGAUCCUGGUUCGAAUCCAGGCUCUGUCGUAGCCGGCCGCGACCGGGAGACCCAUGGGGCGGCGCACAAUUGGCCCAGCGUAGGGGAGGGAAUGGCCGGCAGGGAUGUAGCUCAGUUGGUAGAGCAUGGCGUUUGCAACGCCAGGGUUGUGGGUUUGAUUCCCACGGGGGGCCAGUAUGAAAAAUUUAAAUAAUGUAUGCACUCACUAGUCGCUCUGGAUAAGAGCGUCUGCUAAAUGACUAAAAUGUAAAUGUUACCAAUAUGUUAUAUAAUACAAUUCCAAAAAUAAAACAUUAUUUCAUCCUGCAUGGCUCAUAAUACACCUACUGCUGCAUAUUGAUAGCUACUUUUUCCACCAUAACUCUGAGAAUAGCUUGUCAAUUACUAUGGAUAAUUAGACAUGAGUGUGUCACAGCGUCAUAGGCUGCCCAUGAAAAGGCAUUGGUCAGUGAGCCUCUCUGCCCUCCCAGCAGGUCAAUGUUAAUGUCCCUUUGGGUCAAUCCUCCCCCUUUUCUCACCCUCGUCUCCUCUUGUGUGCUGUCCAGCUGGCUGUGACCACUGACCCCGUUACCCUCACUCCUGACCCCUGGAGCCGUUCCCACGACACACCCUUUUGUGAGCACCUCUCCAUGGUGACCCAUGGUCACCCCCUCUCCCUCAACCUCUAUAGAUGA